CCAGAGGGCUGGGGGAGGAGAUCGGAAGGGGAGAGGUAAUCCCCGGCGUUUUGAGCAUCCCCUUUUUAGAAAGACUGAGUCUCUCCCAGGACAGCUGCUGCGGUCACACCACAAACUUAAAAGCCGCCCUCCCGCUCGGAGCGUGCCUUUCCUCGCCACACUCGCCUCCCCAAAGCUCCAGCUGGUGCCUGGCUCCCCGCCUGUCCCGUCUCGGCGCUCCGGGGCCAGCAGCGCCCCCUGCCUCCCCGUCUGGCCUCUGCGGCCGCAGCCUCCGCGCUCCGUCAGGGCCGCCGGCGGCUCCGCGGCUCAGCCAGGGCUGCCUCUCAGAGGAGCUUGCGCCGGUGCCCCGGGUCGCCGCCGCGCUCGCCCAUAGCCCGCAUCCCCUUCCUCUCUUCCUGAAAGGACUUCUGGCCCAGAGACAGGGAGAGAAGAGUUCGUAGCAGCCUAUACAACAUAAGGAUCACGAGGAUGAAAACUGUGUAAUGAUCCACCUCCACUUAAUGAACAGAAAAUAAUCAUCACGCCAUACAGUUAACAAACCUACCCGUUGUGUACAUGUGUAUCUUAUUGAAAAUCUAACUGUAUGAGCUGUUUCUCUGUCAUCACCGUCAUCAUAUUCAUCCUGUAGAACAUCUAGUGUGUAAGAUUAAAUUAACACCAUUUGAAAGAGGUCAUUGUUUUCAUCAUGACUGCUAAUAAAAAUGAGAGACCGAAGUUCAGAAGCCACGAUUUUCACCUUUUCCAUGCCUUGAUGAUACUAAGCAUGACCAUGCUGUUUCUUCCAGUCAUUGGAACUUCUAAGCAAAAUAUUCCACGACUCAAGCUGACUUACAAAGACUUGCUGCUUUCAAAUAGCUGCAUACCCUUUUUGGGUUCAUCAGAAGGACUAGAUUUCCAAACCAUUCUGUUGGAUGAGGAGAGGGGCAGGCUGCUUGUAGGAGCCAAGGACCACAUCUUCCUGCUCAGUCUGAUUGACUUAAACAAAAAUUUUAAGAAGAUUUAUUGGCCUGCUGCAAAAGAACGGGUGGAAUUAUGUAAAUUAGCUGGGAAAGAUGCCAAUACAGAAUGUGCAAAUUUCAUCCGUGUACUUCAACCCUAUAACAAAACUCAUCUUUAUGUGUGUGGAACUGGAGCAUUUCAUCCAAUAUGUGGUUAUAUUGAUCUUGGAGUCUACAAGGAGGAAGUUAUAUUCAAACUAGACACACAGAAUUUGGAGUCUGGCAGACUGAAAUGUCCUUUUGAUCCUCAGCAGCCUUUUGCCUCAGUAAUGACAGAUGAGUACCUCUACUCUGGAACAGCAUCUGAUUUCCUUGGCAAAGACACGGCAUUCACGCGGUCCCUUGGGCCUACUCACGACCAUCAUUACAUCAGAACUGACAUUUCAGAGCACUACUGGCUCAAUGGAGCAAAAUUUAUCGGAACUUUCCCUAUACCGGACACCUAUAAUCCAGAUGACGAUAAAAUAUAUUUCUUCUUUCGUGAAUCAUCUCAAGAAGGCACUACUUCUGAUAAGACCAUCCUUUCUCGAGUUGGAAGAGUUUGUAAGAACGAUGUAGGAGGACAACGCAGCCUGAUAAACAAAUGGACGACUUUUCUUAAAGCCAGAUUGGUUUGCUCUAUUCCUGGAAAUGAUGGGGCAGACACUCAUUUUGAUGAGCUUCAGGAUAUUUACUUACUCCCCACAAGAGAUGAAAGAAAUCCUGUGGUCUAUGGAGUCUUUACCACAACCAGCUCCAUCUUCAAAGGCUCAGCUGUUUGUGUGUACAGCAUGGCUGACAUCAGAGCAGUUUUCAAUGGUCCCUAUGCUCAUAAGGAAAGUGCAGACCACCGUUGGGUGCAGUAUGAUGGAAGAAUUCCUUACCCCCGACCUGGCACAUGUCCAAGCAAAACCUAUGAUCCACUGAUUAAAUCCACCCGAGAUUUCCCAGAUGACGUCAUCAGUUUCAUAAAGCGGCACCCUGUGAUGUUUAAAUCAGUAUACCCUGUUGCGGGAGGACCAACAUUCAAGAGGAUCAAUGUGGACUACAGACUGACCCAGAUUGUGGUGGAUCAUGUUGUUGCAGAAGAUGGCCAAUAUGACGUGAUGUUCCUUGGAACAGACAUUGGGACUGUCCUCAAAGUGGUCAGCAUUUCAAAGGAGAAGUGGAAUAUGGAAGAAGUAGUGUUGGAGGAGUUGCAGGUAUUCAAGCACUCAUCAAUCAUCUUGAACAUGGAGCUGUCUCUGAAACAGCAACAAUUGUACAUUGGCUCCCGCGAUGGAUUGGUUCAGCUCUCCUUGCACAGAUGCGACACGUAUGGGAAAGCCUGUGCAGACUGUUGUCUGGCCAGAGACCCCUACUGUGCCUGGGAUGGAAAUGCAUGCUCUCGAUACGCACCCACUUCAAAAAGGCGAGCUAGACGGCAAGAUGUGAAGUAUGGAGACCCAAUCACCCAGUGCUGGGACGUAGAAGACAGCAUUAGUCACGAAACUGCUGAUGAAAAGGUGAUUUUUGGCAUUGAAUUUAAUUCAACCUUUCUGGAAUGUAUACCUAAAUCCCAACAAGCAUCUAUUAAGUGGUAUGUCCAGCGGUCAGGAGAUGAGCAUCGAGAGGAGUUGAAACCUGAUGAAAGGAUCAUCAAAACAGAAUAUGGGCUACUGAUUCGAAGUCUGCAGAAGAAGGACUCUGGAAUGUAUUACUGCAGAGCCCAGGAACACACUUUUAUCCACACCAUAGUGAAGCUGACUUUGAAUGUCAUUGAGAACGAACAGAUGGAAAAUACCCAGAGGGCAGAGCACGAGGAGGGGCAGGUCAAGGAUCUGCUGGCUGAGUCCCGGCUGAGGUACAAAGACUACAUCCAAAUCCUCAGCAGCCCGAACUUCAGCCUCGACCAGUACUGCGAACAGAUGUGGCACCGGGAGAAGCGAAGACAGCGAAACAAGGGCGGCCCGAAGUGGAAGCACGUGCAGGAAAUGAAGAAGAAACGGAAUCGAAGACAUCACAGAGACCUGGAUGGGCUUCCUAGAGCCGUGGACACGUAGUUGUCUUUUUAAUUUAAAGAAAAGAAUUCUUUACCUGCAAAAAUACCGCCUUCUGUUUUGUGCACCCUGUACACUAACUCAUAAGAGCUUUCCAUGGAGUUUUGCUAAGGCAAAGCACACGAGAACAAUGAUCUGAAUAAGACUAUAUAUGACGAAUAUGGCCUAGUAAGGGCAAAUAAUUCUUCUGAACCAGUUUUCCAAGAACUAAACACGUACCUGCAAAGUAUCAGAAUUAUCCUCAAAAUGGGGGCUUCACAGUUGUAAAUGUUUGCUGUGCCGAGUUUUUGAAUUUAUUAUGUGAUGUAAAUCACUGAGCGGAGUGAGCCUCAAAUUUGGUAUUAUGAUAAGGGGCUCUAUUUCCCUUGUAUGGCCAUUAAGCAUGGACUUGACCAUGCCGUUGUGCUGUAUAUGCGUUCUUAGGAACAGAUACAUCAUUCCACUCUAGAACUGGCUACCCUGUGGUUGGAGUUGGAGGGAAGACACAAAUUCGUACAGCUCACGCUAUCAGCAGGAACUUUCACUCUUGGUGCAGGGUCCAGGAAUUUGGAGAGGUGCGUUAUUUCAGACCACAGAGGUUACAUUCGGUGUACAGCAGUGUGACUUACUGAAGGAUAUAAAUGUUCCUCCCAGGGCUCCUUGUGACUUGUCAAGAGUUAACAAGUUCACAGAAAGGAGCUGUUGCUCCGUUAUGUCUUUUUGGAAUGUAUACUGAGCUUCCAGGGAUGGAGCCCUUCAUAAAUAUUUUAAUAAGUGACGGGAAAACAUUUUAAUAAGGGAAACACCGUGAUGUAUCCUGCGUCCUAAUGGAAAGGCCUGCAGAUGGGAUUUGGUAAGAGACAGAAAGGACAGUGAUAAAUUCUAGCUUUGGGGGAAAUUCAUAUCCUCAUAAAAAGGAAGAACAAUCACAAAUAAACUGGGCAAAAUGUUAUGUAACUUUAUUCACUAGAGUGUAAAUAGCUGCCAGUUUGAAAUCCAUCUGUUAAAAAAAACUCCACCUUAUAACAAACUGCUAGUGAAAGUCUGAGGAAAAGUAAAUUUUCUAGAUCAUGAGAAGAAUGAACACAAAUUUAUUUACAACCAAUGGGAUUUCAGUAGUACUUCCUCUCUCAUUUUCUAAAAUCUCAUUAUACUCUGUAAAUUAUUUCCAUUUACUGCCUUUAUUCCCUCCUGAAUAUUGGAUUAUUGGAUUUUAUUUGAGUGACUAGGAAAAGAACAAUAUAUACAUAUAGAGAGAGAUAGAAAUAGGUAGACAACGGUGAUGGGGAGCGGGGAUAUGUAUUUGUUGAGUAAUAGAACAAAUGCAAACAUGUUGACAACGGAAAGGGUUAAAUUAACUCUUUGACAUCUUUUCUUCACACAAUCUUUUUGCAUUUCUGAGAUUGUAUGCUGUAAUUCAAAUAGCCUUGUUUUAGUAAUUUAAUAAUAAAUAAGCCUAAUGCAUGUAAGGAAACCAAACUCACAGCAUUAACAUAAACAUUCUUCACAUUUUGUUCGCACUUUCAAAUGUUUCCAAUUUGACUCUCCCUCUCUGCGGACGUAUGGUAUGUUUCCUGCCUGUUGGAGCAGAACUCACCUUUCCUUCUUGGACCACGAACCCUUUGCCUUCUUCUGUUUUGCCUCUUCACGCCCUUUUUAGUGUGAAAUGAAAAAUUAGUCACUUCCUCACAUGGAAGGCAGCCUUUCAGAAAACUGAAUAGCAGACAUUGCUCGUCUCACAUGCAUUCUGCGUGUCUUGAAAGAAG